CGGCCGGCUAUGGAGCUGGACCCCCUUCAGCAGCCCUACUUCUUCGAGGCCGACCCGCAGGCCGAGGACUUCCACCCCUCCAGCGCGCCCAGCGAGGACAUUUGGAAGAAGUUCGAGCUGGUGCCCGCGCCGCCUUUGCUGGGCGCCGGCCCGGCCCGCGAUGAGGCGGACUACCUGCUGGAGCCCGGCGGGCUGUUGGGCAACCUGAGCGCCUUCGUCCUGCGCGACUGCAUGUGGAGCGGCUUCUCGGCCCGGGAGCGCCUGGGCAAGGCGCUGACGGAGAAGUGGGCCGGGCCGGCCGCCGCCAAGCCCUCCUUCGGCUCGGAUUUGGGGCUGGGAGGCGAGUGCGUGGACCCCGCCGCCGUCUUCCCCUGCCCCUUCGCCGACGGCAAAGUGCCGGCCUCCUCGGGCUCGGAGAGUCCCAGCGAUUCGGAAGGGGAAGAAAUAGACGUGGUGACGGUGGAGAAGAGGCAGUCACUGGCGGUGAGGAAGCCAGUUACCAUCACGGUGCGAGCAGACCCCUCAGACCCGUGCAUGAAAUGUUUUCACAUCUCAAUCCACCAGCAGCAACACAACUAUGCAGCCCGCUCUCCUCCAGAGGCCUGUUCCCAGUCGGCAAAGGAUACCCAGGAGGAGGAGGCUGGUGCUGGCCCGAAAUCCCCAGGGCAAGUAGUGGAGAGUUUCUCCCCACACCCUUUCCUCCCCAAAUCUGGAAGUGCUCCCAGUUCAGACAGCGAGGAUGUGACCAAGCGGAAAAACCACAACUACCUGGAGCGCAAGCGGCGCAAUGACCUCCGCUCACGUUUUCUGGCACUGAGGGACGAGGUGCCUGGCCUUGCCAACUGCCCCAAAACUUCCAAAGUUGUGAUCUUGAGCAAAGCGGCCGAGUAUCUUCAGUCUCUCAUCAGCACAGAGCAGCAAAUGGUGGCAGAGAAGAAGUGGUUGAAACUGCAGCAGCAGCAGCUGCUGAAACAGAUUUCAUACCUCAGGGGGGUGCAAUAGAUGCCAAGGACCCUUCCCAGCUUACUACUUGUGGUGGUGGUGGUGGUGGGCCCUUUCCACACUGCAGCUCCCAGAAUGCAUUGCAGCUGGCACACACAACACAGCUUCCUGCCAUCCUGUUCCAGACUGACCAGGGAUGCCUCUUCAGUCAUGUGCUCAAAUGCUGUGCUUUGAGACAGAACAAAAUCUGGAUAAUAUCUUUUAUUAGGACCAACCAGAUUGGCAAAACAUUUGUGCAGGUUUUGAUGCUUACCAGAACUCUUAAUCAAGGUGGAUGUUACGAAACAAUUUUUAAUGGAGAGGUGGCAAGCUGUUGGAGGGUCUUGAGUCAACAGUUCUAAGCUUAGCUGUUGACAGGAAUGCAAGUGUUGUCCCCCGAGGGUGCUUCCAUUUGCACAUAUCUUCCCCCUCUCCCCCAGCCACUGAGGACUGCUAUUUCCAUGUGACAUUCUUUGUAGUCUCUCUCUGAUAUGGCUGGAGGUGACUGUUAAAGGAGAUGCUAACAGGGAAUAACCAGAGCUGCAGUUUCGAGAGAAAUCUUGAAUCUCCUGUUUUGCCUAAAUUCUGGAUACCUGCUAGAUAGAAGCUGUGACUGGUAUGCUUCACGAAGACUGGGAUUUGAAUUUCUGCUGCCUAGGAGGAGAGACAUAAAAGUAGGACACAAUCCUGAAGGGAGAGUCUUGCACAGUUCUUAUUAAUUAUGAUGGGGCAGGAGCAGGAAAACUUCCCGUCAGAUGGAGCCUGAAGCCCCUUAGAAGGUAGGCUUGUGGUUCCAAGAAGAGGGCUUGUGCGGUUCCAAGCUGUCUUGAAUCAAACUCUACUGCCCUUCAGUGGGAGCCAAAAUCUGCCACCUUUGGGGUGGUGGUGGUGGUCACUUUUCAAAGACUGCUGAAAGUGUGUCCUUUUUCUUUAUAGAACUGAGUUGUUUUCACUGGAAAUGCACUGCGAUCACCUUGGAAAUGAUUUACCUCAUACUUUCUCACUUUGUAGCUUGACCUAGAUUUUUGUAUACUGUAGAAUCCCAUUGUUGUAACUGCCUGUUUCUUUAUACUGGAUGACUUUUUUUUUAAUAUGCUGUAUUUUUGUACAACUUUUUCUAGAUGUUUUAUAAAAGUACUCCAAACAUCUUUAAAAACAAAUUAAUUCAGCUGCUUUCCUGAGACCUAAGGGAGCAGAAUUUUGCUUGCCUACAUAUCCCCCUCCUUCAAAUAAUUCUAACAUCACCAGUCAAUGGCAAUUCUGCCUGGUCCCAAAUUUCAGACACCAGCAAUCUGAACACCAGAGGGCUUGUGGGGUUCUUUUAUAGGAAGGGGAAUCAUUCUCCAAAUAUGAUGGAGGAGGGCAUCCUGUCAUUUCCAGUGUUGCCUGAAGAAAAAUGUCUCUUACAAAAAGUGUGACAUGGAAUGUGAUUAAUGGAAUCCUUCUUUCUACUCUUCCCCCCAACCCCACUUUCUCUCUAAACAAAGGGCUGCAUGGAAAUAUUUUCAGGGUUUUUUGGGGGGGAGGGAUUUUUAUCCCUGCAUGAAAGGGGAGAUUGAUAUAGAAGUGUUGCUUUGCAAGCUUUUAUUGCUCUGGUUGGGGUCAGACCACCCAUUCACCUCCCGCCCAACCCCCUUUAGGCAAAUUCUCUCCACCCUAUCAGCCUUUGUGUCCUUGGAGGGAAAGGCAGGGCCAAGGUGAUGGAUGGCCAUUUUAUCUCUGCUGGAAGGACUCCUUGUUCUCCAUUGGUCUCGCGGCAAGGCGCUCUCAGGCAUCGCUUAACUAGCCUACGUCUAAGUUGUAAGGCUGUGCAGUUGGACUUAGCACUUUCUUUGUUACCUCAGGCUUUGUAAAUAAAGGAGUUGGAAAAGACAAAA